AUGAAUCCCAACUCCUUCCAAAAGCCCUCUGGCUUCAACCCAAACACAGGUCCCUUCCCCAACAAUGCUCCCCAACAGCCCCCCCAGGCACAGGUCAACAUCCCCGCCCUCCUCUCCGCCGCUGGCAUUACCCAGGAGUACUUCGCCGGUCUCCCCCAGCAAGAGCGCCAGAUCCUCGUUCAAAAGUACAUUCACCAUCUUCGCCAGCAACAGCAGCAGCAGCAGCAGAACAUGGAUCGUGAGCGCCUCAUGAUGAACAUGAACCCGUCCCAGAACUUCGACCGCCCCUCCAGCUCGGCUUCGUCACAUCAAAUGAUGCCUCCGCCUCCGCCACGACCACCCACAGCUCAAGGCCAUGGUCCUGGUAUACCCCAGCAGCAGCAGCAGCAGCUCCAGCAUUCCAGGCCCAGUACAGCCAUGGCGCACCGCUCUCCGACCAUUCCCACCUCUAUGCACGAUAUGAUGGGGCAGGGUGGUCAACGCCCUUUGAGUCGAAUGUCUCAGAGAGGCGACAAUCCUAACGGUUUCAAACCCCCACAGGCCCAACAGCAGCCACAGCAAAUGUUUAACACUCCCAACCCACAGCAGCAGCAACAACAACAGCAACAACCCAGCAUGCACAUUGGGCAGCAAGCACCCCCGUAUUCAGCCAGCAGCACCCCAAUCCCGCCCAAUCCAUCAGGUUCCCCCACCAUCGGGUCGCCUUACCGCGGCGCAAAGCGCAAACUCACCGGCGAGAUGGUUCCUCCCAAUAUGGGAAUCGGCCCUGGUCCCAUCCCAGGCAGCCCGCGUAUCGGUGGCGGCGGUGGCGGAUUGGGGCUUUCCGGUAUGGGUCCAACAGGCGGCAUGAUGGGACCCCCAGGGCUUCCCAGGAGCGUCUCCAACGACAGCCUUGGCAUGGGUGGUAUGAACACAGGCGCCAUGAACCCGAUGAACAUGAGCAUGAACAUGAACGGCAUGAACAUGCCUGGAAACAUGGGCAUGGGCAGCGUCAGCAACGCCAGCAUGGGCGGCGCAAUGAACGGUCAGCGAAAUUCGCCCCGCCCUCAGUCCUCCAUGGGCAUGGCGAGCAACAUCGGGGGAAUGGGUGGGAUGAACAUGGGUGGGAUGAACGUCGAUCGUCCACAUAUCCCGUCUGGCCCACAAACACCCAUUCGGCAAGGUUCAUUACCCCCUCAACAGUCCACCCCAACCCCUCAAAUGGGCCCACAAGCGCAAGCCAUGAUGCGCCAGGGCUCGUUGCCGCCGACACCGCAAGGUCCAAUGGGUAUGCGACCGGGAAUGGGCAUGGGGAUGAACAUGGGAAUAGGAGGCAUGCCCUCCAGUCCACACGGUGGUGCUCCUCAACCCAUGGCGCCAUCCAUUUCAACCUCUUCCAUGGCAUCUAACUCGCUACCCCAAGUCGGCGGGAUGGGCAUACCCAACGGCGGCAUCCAGCCCUCCGCGUCCUCAUCGUCCUUGCUUCCAGGGGUUGCUCCAGCCAUCAACGCAAACACCCCGGCAGUACCCAAUAACACCAGCACCUCCAAUACAACCUCCAACCUUGCCCCUCUGCCUCCACUCCCAGCAUCCACCAAUUUGAAUCCCAAAACAACCGCUGUGACUCUCGUUCCUUUACUAACAUCAACAACAACGAUUCCACCACUAUCGCCCACCACGAUCUCUCAAAUUAAGUCAUGGAUGGAGACUGACAAUGAGUAUGAGGAGCGAGUGCGCCAGAUGCAGAGAACCAUGCUCACUGAAGCGCGGGAGGUUUUCGCCCCUGGCGGUCUUUCGGGCCCCAACUGGUGGGAGCGCGGCGCAGUCGGAAACGGCACUGGCAAUUUCAACAAGUACAGAGAGAGGCAUCCACCAAGGUUCGACGUCAGGUAUCCAAGACCGAAAGGUGCGACUAGCAGCAGUAGAAGUAACAGAAGGGGCACAAGAAGAGAGGGCUUCAAGUUGCCUAGGAAGAUCAGCCCCGAAGACGCUAACCGCCCAGAAAGGCUAGUUCCUAUCCGUAUAGAAUUUGACGUCGAGCACCACAAAAUGCGCGACACGUUCAUCUGGAACCUCAACGACCCGAUCAUCACGCCUGAGGUUUUUGCGCAAUCCCUUGUCGAAGACUAUUCCCUCGCGCCGUCCUACCACGCCAUCAUCGUCAAGUCAAUCCAAGACCAACUCACCGACUUCCGUGCACACUCGCUCGUUGACGACGACGAGGACCACGAUGGCGACGAUGACGGGUCUGACGCCGACGCCGACGCCAACCACACCGCCGGCGAGAAAAGUGGGUCGGCGGGUUUGAUUCGGGGGUCGCUGGGUGCGGAUGAUGCGAAGUGGUGGGAUGUGUGGAGGCGACGUGUCAGUGCGCUUGCGCAUGACGACGAUGACGAUGAGGCACAGGACAGUGAGAGGAAGGAGGUGACGGGGAAGAAACGGGGGAAGAAGCGCAAGGCCACUACCUCUCAGAGCUCCGUGCUCCAGAAUCCGCACUUGCAGCAUCUGAAGGUGGAAGACGACGAUACGGACGCCGACGCGAGUAUGCUAGCCGACAACGAGUUUGAGGGUGCGGAUGAUAUAAAAAAAGUGACGUUUGGAUUUGGAGACGACGACGAUGAGGAUAAGGGCGAGGAAGGAGAUGAAAAAAUCUUGGGCGAGGCAGCGUUCAAGCCGAUGACGGUAGACGAGCUGCAGCAGAAUCUUGACGAGAAGCUGAUGCAUGAGGAUAUGCGGAUAUUGAUCAAGCUUGAUAUCAUCGUUGCCUCCAUCAAACUCGACGAUCAGUUCGAAUGGGAUUUAGACAACCCCAAUGCAUCUCCUGAAGAAUUCGCCGAAGUCUACACCCAGGAACUUGGCCUCGGCGGCGAAUUCAAAACUGCCAUUGCCCAUUCAAUUCGAGAACAGGUUCAAACCUACCAAAAAUCACUGUUCCUUGUGGGUCACCCAUCCGACGGCACAGCAGUGCAAGACGACGACAUCAAGCAAUCCUUCUUGCCCAGUCUUACAUCCGGUGCCCGCCCCGUUUCCGAAGUUCAACAAUUCACACCAUUGCUCAAUUACCUCUCCGACGGCGAGCUCGAACGCACUGAAAAAGAACGCGACAAGGACCUCAACAAGCGCCGAAAACGCAACACCCGAGGACGCAGAGGCAUCGCCCUCCCCGACCGCGAGCCUAUCCGAACGUACCGUACGCCCGCUAUCGGGUUUCCAGAGCUUGAUGCUGCGACUCUCGCGUUGGCUGCAGCUGCCAACGCGCCCAUGUCACGGCGUGCCGCGGCUGCUGCUGCGUCGGUCACCAUCGCGAACAUGGUUGCGAGCGAAAAUGGUACGACGUACAUGCCGCAGACUACCCCGUCGGUGGUGUCCCAGCCCGCGCCGUCUGCUGCAGCUGUUGCGAAGGAGAAGAAGCCCAAAGGCUUGUUCAAGGCUCCUACGUACCCUUCGUCGGUGUUGCGACCCCGGGCCCACGUUGUUGCGCCGACGCCAUCAACGGCAGCAGAUGUGUCUUCCAUGCCACCACAGCCAACAGAGCACGAAGCACCCGUUUCGUCAAGCAGCGUUGCUCCAUACAGUUUGCAGGAUAGCAGAGCGAACAAAAUUAUCACUGCCAAACGGGCAAAGGAGCUUGAGCGGGAAGCGAAGGAGAAGGAGUUCGUGGACGGACAGCAUCCAAACUACAUCAAUGGUGUUUGGCACUGUUCCAACUGUGGAUGUCCCGAGAGCAUUGCCGUUGGACGUAGGAAAGGUCCGUUGGGAGAUAAAUCACAGUGUGGCACAUGUGGCAAAUUCUGGCAUCGACACAGGCGACCAAGACCUGUGGAAUACAAUUCCGACCCGGAUUUCCAUUCAGGUCUCAAGCAAAAGGAGAUCGAAGCCGCCAAAACUCCGGCUUCGAAGAAGAAAGGCGCCGCUGCGGCCCUUCGUGCGCAGAGUGCCGCACACAGCGCCACGCCUGCAGCAGACGCAUCGGAGCCCCAAACACCUACUCGGUCCAACGGCGAUCUUGAAAGUUCUCGUCGCUCGCCAUCACCUUCCGGUCAUCAAGGUGCCAACCAAGACGAUGAUCGGGCGAUGUCGCCUGUGUCGACGGCUUCCAGUGCUUCUGAGCCGCCGUUGGCGCAGAAGGUGAAGAUGAACGGGUCAAGUCAUACCAAGGGCGCUUCGUCAAGUGGUACACCUAUGCCUGCACCUGCCACUCCAGCCAGGCAACCCGCAGCCGAGUCAUCAGCACCUCCGCCUGUUUCCCAGUCUCACACUUCUUCAUCUACUGCCACAGGGGCCGUCCAAGCCAGCCCUUCAAGGACAUGGCCUCCGCCAUGGCUAUCUGGCGCGAUAAAAGCCAUGCAAGCAAGAUACCCUCACGACAGGUUUGAAGUUACUCUCCGUAAAGUCAACGCGUCUACCACGCCUGAAUGGCGCAUCAAAUGUUUGGAUUGUCCUGGCAAAUUAUAUACCCCUGGUCCUGGCGAGACGUUAUCGAAUUACGAAGUUCAUCUAAAAAAUCGUCAGCAUCGUCAGCGUGUCAACGACCGACUUUCGGCAACAGCAGCAGCAGCUGACGGCUCUGCCGGUGCUUCAAAUUCAUAG